AAUCCGUAGCAAUCCACGGCCGGGUGACGUCUGGGGACCCCGGGCCUGGAUCAGAGGUUCCGGCCGCGCUCUCCGCACCUCGUCGCCAUGCCUCGCAAAAUUGAGGAAAUCAAGGACUUUCUGCUCACAGCCAGACGAAAGGACGCCAAAUCGGUCAAGAUCAAGAAAAAUAAGGAUAAUGUGAAGUUUAAAGUUCGAUGUAGCAGGUACCUGUACACCUUGGUCAUCACAGACAAAGAGAAGGCAGAGAAGCUGAAGCAGUCCCUGCCCCCAGGUUUGGCAGUGAAGGAGCUGAAAUGAAUCACACACACCGAUUUGAACUGUAUUAAAAUUUUUUUAAUUCUCAAAAAAAAAAAAAAGAA